AUGGCGGCGGGAGACGGACGAGUCUACGAUGAGCUAAAAGAGGCAUUUAGGGACGUACUGCAUACAACAGACGAGUAUCAAAGAGCAGUGGAAGAAAAGAGACACUCUGUAGCUACUGUUGAGAAGAAGGACCCUCUUGUGGAGCUACAAGAGCUUAAAGAAAGGCUUGAGAAGGAGAAAUUUACUUAUUCUGUAGAACUACGAGCACGAACGUUGUUGGAUAAGAAUGCAUUGGAAACUUUAGAGAACGAAGUCGAAGCUGAGCAACAGCGACAAGAUCUUCGAAAAAGCAUUGGUGAAUUGGAAGAGAAAUUAUUGAAACACUUAACGAAGCUGGAUCAUGACAGAUUUAUUUUGGAGAAGGUGAAACAGAGCUACCAUGCUUGUGAGUCUUUGUUUCCAGAGGUUGGUUUGAGUUCUAUGUCGCCUACUGGACAGUUAAUACUAGAACAAUGCCAGAAGCAAACAGAAUUGUCUAAAGAAAUUGUAGCCGCUGAGGAGCAAUUGAGACAAGUCGACUCUCAAAUUAGGGACAUCAAGCUUCAAUGUGCAGAGAUACAAACCGAAAAUCGGCGUCUAUAUCGUGAACUCAAGGACAAAACUGGAGCCAAUCAACAGCAGAGCACAUUAACACUUGAGGUUGCAGGUUUAGAUGAAGAACUUGUUCAACUGAGAAUUCGACGGUUUGCAUUACAACGACUGAUUGUUGUCAGUGGCGUCGACUGGAUCGAAGAUGCUCAUCUAAGAGAACUCAUGUUGUCACUAGGAUCACCAAUGGAUGUAUAGCGAACGAGAGUUGACAGGGAUACCUACUAGAUGUACAUAUUGUAUGAAAUAUAUUUAGAUACAUACACUAAGUAAAUUGUACAAGUCUAGAUCUGUUUUAGUAGUAUAGAUUAUGUACUAUGACUGUUGUAUAGUAGUUUCUAUGUCAUUGGGAUGAUUACAGUAGCACUC